AGCAUGAGGGAGGUAUUUAUGUGCUGCAACCUGUUACACUAUUUCAUCGAUUGACAAUUACCAUCCCUGCAUUUUCUCUGAAUUAUCCAACGAUGAACAGCACUGACAGAAAAACUACUCUUGGCAGAAAAAAAUUCUCUGACAGUGAAACGAUGUUUGAUAACACGAGUACAGCAAACGCAACACUUACACUCGAACAAUUUAGCGAUCAGGUAGCCCUACAACUGACGCCUGUCAUACUUUUUAUAGGGAUACUGAUGCUGGUUGGUUUCUUUGGGAAUUUAAUGGUAUGUUACAUCUACACAGUCAAAUUAAAGGCCAUUUCUUCUCGGUUAUUCCUGGUUGCACUUGGUUCGUUGGAUCUGGUAAUGUGUGGUGUUUGCAUCCCGGUGGAGAUCGUCUCUAUACGAUAUAUGUACCACUUUAAUCACAACUGGCUUUGUAAGUUUUAUGGAACACUUUUACUGUAUUGUUCUAUCACCUCUGGAUCAAUCCUGGUAGCCAUUGCAGUGGACAGAUACAAACUGAUAUGCAGACCAUGUGGUAAGCAGAUCACACUACGGGAAGCCAAAAGGGCCAUAUAUCUAAGUUUCUUCGUGUCUCUUGUUGCUUCCACGCCACCAUGGAUUACGCAAGGAACACGGACUAUACCAGUACCACAUUCUAAUAUCACUGGAUAUACCUGUGCAACCAGUGAUGACGUAAUUAACACAUACUAUCCCAUUAUUUACCAUGGAUAUCAGAUGCUGUUAUUUCUGACGGGAAUAAUUGUAUUAUCUUCACUAUAUUCCCGUAUUCUAAUGCGGGCAAGAAAACAGAUGCAGUUUCGGGAAAAGUUAAAAAGGAAUAUUUGUGUGAGUAAUGAGACCUUAUGUGAUACACCGUUGGCACUCGUAAGACAGCAUCAAGCGCGGAAUCCGGAAAAGGAGGAAACUCUAUCGUCCAAACGUUCUAGCCGCCAUGAACCGUCACUCACCGCAAACAAGGAAUCACAUCCAAUGGCACUGGAUCCUGCAGUCAUGUCUCAGGUUAGACCUUAUGAUGCAUCAGAAUCAUCAGUUGGAUCUUUUGACGAAAGAACUUAUACAUGUGACUUUUCAGGUAGAGACAACCAGUUGUUAAGCGAACCCACAGACCGGUCAACUCGUUCCAGUCAUGAAGAAGCAGUCACAAUAAACGUUGUCUGUAGAAGAGGAAGCAUGUCUUUGGACCAAAGUGAUGUCACGCUAUCGGAGAUUGAUCCGAUAGCAAAAGAACCAGAGCCUGAAGCUCCAAGGGGUGUCAUCAGGACGCCACAACGCGUCAAGGAACCGGGAAGGGUGAUGGUGUCGAGGACGACCUUCAUAAUGAUUGUCAUAACGCUGGUUUUUGUGCUGAGUUUCCUGCCCCAUCUCUGUGCAAUUGGAGCGCGCUCUAUUCUUAAGAAAACAUUUGAGGAUCUCGACGGUUCUUACCUGGUGUUGUAUCAUCUGUGUUGUCGCUCGUAUUUCAUUAUUUCUGCAGUGAAUCCACUGGUGUAUAGUUUCUUUAACCUCAAGUUCAGAAAUGAAGUUAAAGAUGUUUUUAGAAGCAUCUGUGGCAGAAAUACAUGAUCGAAGAUUGUACAGCAUGCGGCAGUUAAUAUAACGAAUGUUGAUUUUCAUCUAUCCUUCGA